UGGGACGUUGUUUUCAAGAUGGUGAACGCGCCGGGCUUUGAUCGAUAAAGUUUUGCUGAAAACAAAAGUUAGAAUACUUGAGGUGUUUAUGUACAAGUUUUUAAAGUGUCUAAAUAAUUUGAAAUCCUUAUAAGAUCAUGGGAAAGAAACACAAAAGCAAGAAACAUCACAAGAAAGGCACUGAUAUCGCUGAAGGUAACAGAAGUAGUGUUUGCAGGCUUUUGUAAUCGCGUGAUUGUUCUCCUCUGUCUAAAUUAUCCGACAUGAAUUAUUUUGAGUUGUAAAUUGAGUGAUUCUCCUGUCCGCAGACAUGCCUGGGAGAUCCGAGAAAGCUGAGAAAGGGGAGAAACCAAUUAAACUUGUGCUUAAAGUUGGAAGUAAUCAAGAGAAAGUUUCUGCUAAAUCGGACACUCCAAGUUCGACAAGCAGGCCUGCAGGAAACGUUGACAGAACGAAGUCUAAAGAUCAUUCUUCGAAAAAGAAAAAGAAGAAGAGAUCGGCAUCCAGAGAAAGAAAGAAACCCAAGUUUGAUCCCGGAUCUAGCGUGAGUAGUAGGAAGUAAUGUCUUCAUGAUCGCAUGUUAAUUCAUUGUUUGGGCUUUCAUUUGAUACUUUUAGCACAGGUAAACCACCCUCCGUUCUUGUGGCCGUUGUUGUUAAUCUGAUCAUCGAUCUUUUUUGCUUCAUACGACAGCGAGGGCUGGUCCCAUUAAUGUUGUCCGUCAUAAAGUGAGUUGCGUGAGUGUAAGGUGACAUUUUGAUCACUCAGUGCCAGUCUUUUUGAAAAUUUUACAGCGUUACACCCCUACUCGACCUUCUGUUAUUAGUGCCCCCCUUCCCCUUCCUGGGUUAAGCACCCUUCUCAUGCCCGAAACCAAUAUUCUUAGUGGUUUUGUAAUGCAUGAUGAAGCUCUUAGAACAUCUGUGUGGGAGGCUGACAAAAAAAAAAAAAUCAAACUAAAGGUUUUGUUGUCGUUUUGAUGUGUACGAUUUUAGGCUUGUGCUUCACCAUCGUCUGUUAGCAGCCAUGAAAAAUCCAAGAAAAAAAGAGACCGGCAUGAAUUUGAAGCAGAAAGUAACAGCAUGGCUGACACUGAAAGACCAAUCAAGAAAAUUUACAUCAAGCCUAUAGAGCCUCCAGUCAGGUAAAAUAAAGUCUUUGAGUUACACUGUAGCAUGGUCUGUAAAUAGAGAGGAGAGGAAAAAUCACAUUACCAUGGUAGCACAAUGCUUGGACCUCAACAGUCUAUCUUGACAGAGACGGCCAUUUGCAUUGUCGAAUGAUGAAAGAAAACUAUGGGAGCUACAUUUUGUUCCUGAGAGCAAUCAUGCACAAGAAAGUCAUACAUGUGCAUGUCAAUUUUUUUUUGUGUCAUAUUUGCAGGACCACUGGUGCUACCAUGGCUUCAUGGAGUACUGACUCUAAAUAAACAAAAGUCUUAUUCAAAACUGGAAACUAAAUUAGUAUGAGAUACAUGUACAUUAGAAGUGUUGUGAGGUGGCCAAGAUAUUGGCUAUUUUAUAAUAGUUUGUUUUUUAAGUGUUAUGAGACUGGGCGGAAGGAUUCAAUUGUGACUCAUUUACUUUUACAUUGCAUCAAUAAAGAAAGUAAAGGAAUUUUUAGCUCAGUAAGUGAAUGACCUGAAAGAUGUGAAAGAUGUUACUUGCCAAUUAUGUCAUUAUUUUUUCGCAUUCACUUAUUUUAUUUCACAUUCAUUUAGUUUAAUAUAAGCUUAAAAUUUGCGUUCUUUCUUUAGUCCAUACAGUACACUCUUGAUAUAGCUGAUCCUACAUUGUGUAUCAGUAUGCAGAGAUUAUGUAAACCUAUUAUGUUAGCUUGCACCCUUUUAGUCUCUCUGUAACUUAGUGGUUAGAGCACUCGCUUGAUGUUUUGGAGGUCAUCUGUUUAAAUCCUGUCAUGGACUCAAGAUUUUUGUUUGUCCCAUGCUCCUCCAUGGUAGACUCACUUGUUGUUUUGUUUUUUUUUUUUUCCAUUUUUGUUCCCCAGAAACAGCCCAGAAUCUAGAAAACUUGGUGGUAAGUACAGUUAUGUAUCUUUGACAUUUUGUUAUAGGGAUCCAUAUUCAUUUUUUCACAGAGUUGUCAGCCGGGCAAGUAAGCCUGAUGGCAUACUUGCCCGGUUACAAUUUGGGUUGCCAAUACAAAAGGGCAGCAUAAUUUAUAAUAAUUAUUAUAGAAGAAUGGUGAAAGAAAUUCUGUUCAACUUGGACCAUUUCUGAUUAGCAUUUUAUUUCUGUCUACUUAUAGUUACCAAGAAACGGUUUUAACUAAACUGUUAUGUACAUUAACAGGCUACAGGCCUAGGUUAAACACAGUUUAUUUACAUUGCAAGCAGUCACGGUUGGUCAGUUUGCCAUGAAGGCAAGACAGUAUGCUAACGUUUUCCCCCAUAUAAGCCAGCAGUUCCUGCAUCAACCUUUUUUUCAGUCAAAGGCAGAGAAACAUCUUCUAAAAAAUGUCACAUCUUGAUGCGUAUGAGGCACCGGCUUCUGCUUCACCUUUUUGUCCACUGAAGACAACAAAAUGCCUUCUAAAACACACCAUAAUCUUGAUGAGUGCUGUCACGUUUUCUACGAAUGGCCUCUGAAUGCAGUACUUCACGAAAAACUGAGCCUGUGAUCAUUUCGUAGAAAAUACUGCACCAUCAAAGAUGGCGCCCAAACUUACGAUUUCAUUGCAGACGAAGGCUCCUAAAGUUAUUCACCAUUAUUCUAAAAGUUUUAAGUGGAUGACAAGUAAGCAGAAAACAGGGAAAAUGUAUAAAAUGAAAAUAAGAAUUCUUGAAAAGGUGUUGUGGUUGAGCAAAACCUCACUCGUCUGUACGAGAUUGUAGUCAUCUGGGACGACUGGACGACUGGGAAUAUGGAUCCCUGUUGUUGUUAUGACUGUAAUUUAUUGCCUAGGAGUGUUACAUUGAUUUGCAUGUGAAGUCAUGUUAUUUGGGGGUCAACUCUUUUGGGUUUAUUGCAGGUUACUUAAAGGAGCCAGAGUUAUCGCCUUUGCAAUUGUGUUUGGAAAAUGUGCAUCGUACUCUUCAAAGGUCAGGCAUAGUGCUAAUAAACAUAGAAUUGACACUAUUAAAAAUAGCUGCAAUAAAAUAAAGCACUGUAUUUCCCAUUCAAAUUGGUAAAUUUAUUACUUCAGGGUGCAACGAAAGUCAUUUUUAAAGCUUGCCAUUUGGGCAAGCUGAAGGUACAUGUAGAAUAUAUACUAGCCCAAACGUCAUUUCAACUAGCUCCAAAAACUUUUUGAUGAGCAGAAUUGAUUUCACAGUUCUUCUGUAAUUUGAAUUCCUCAAAAAACUUCACUUGCACAUUGGGCAAGUUAAGAACAAAAUUCACCAGCCCUGGGCUAUCAGACACUACUUUCUUUGCUCGCUGAUUGUUUGUUAGUUUGUUUUUUUUAGUGUAAUCAAACAUGACUGUGCAUUCUCCAUAUAUAAUUAUUAACCUUUUUUUACUUGCAGGAGUCCUUUGUAAGCAUGUUCACUGUAUUCCAUUCCCACUUACAGGGCUUCUCAUAUUUCGCGCGGUUGCGGAUCCGCGAAAUUCAGGUAUUUCCGCGAAAUCCCACAAAAUUCCCAAAAAAACGCGAAAUACCGCGAAAUCCACCGGAAAUAAUUAUUUCCAAAUACAUGUCGGCAAAACAUAUUUAAUACUUAUCUUGGCUAUUAGACCUGUUUUAUUCACCUCAAAUGUCCAAAUUUAUCUUGAAACUUCGUCACUGCAACGAGUAAACAACAUCCCAAAACUACCAGGCGUUUUUAGAUGAACGUUGCAAAAAACUAGGCACUAACCAUAAUGUUAAUAGCUUUAGCAUUCGCUCAUUUCUCGAGCGAACUGUUGUUGAAAGAGCAAAUGAUUGUCCUGGUUAAAAAAAAUGUUAACCAAUGCUGGUCAUAUCGACGCAAAAUUGAUCGAUUUUAGCGAAAUUUCCCACCAAAAAUCCAGUGAAAUCGGCUGUUUUUGUUUUUGUUUCCCCCCCAAAUUUCCCGUGAAAUCGGCCGAUUUUUCUGAGAAUUUGCCUCUGAAAAUCCUUCGAAAUUUGACAUUUUUCCGUGAAAAUCCCGCGAAAUCGGCCGAUUUUUCUAUGAAUUUUGACUUUUUUCCUGCAAAAAUACCAGAAAUCGGCCGAUUUUUCCGCGAAUUUUGACUUUCUUCCCGCGAAAUCGGCCGAUUUUUCCGCGAAUUUGCCCUUGAAAAUCCCGCGAAAUUUUGUUUUUUUUCCACGAAAUAUCAGAAGCCCUGCACUUACAUGAUUGUAGUUGUAAUGAAACCUUGCUAGUCAAUAACUAUUGAUUCAGCUUUUAAGAUGAUUAAUCAUAAGUAAGAUUGAAAUAUUCAUGUUAUUAUUUUAACAGAAAGGAUACUCAAGGAUUUUUUGCCUUUCCUGUAAAUGACACUAUUGCGCCAGGAUAUUCCAACAUCAUCAAUCAUCCUAUGGACUUCAGCUUCAUGAAAUACAAGAUUGACUCUAAUGAAUAUCAUUCCUUGGAACAAUUCAGGGUAAUUAAAAUAUAACCUUGUGCCUGAUGCUUUUAUUGGCAGCGCUUACAGUAGUGAUUAAUGAACAUUUUAAAAUGAUUACCCUGUAGGCUAGCUGUCGCUGAAGUUUGCAUUAAUUUAGUAACCUGGAGCUGUCAUGAUGGCCUGUGUACAUAUUUCUAUUUGUCUGCAUGCAGUCUAUGGUCAUGCUGGCCUACCAACUCUACUCUUAACUAACAUUCACUUUAUCUUGGCGAACCAUGCUUGCCCCUCAGAGAACUCUUAAUUAAAACAUGCUAUCCCAAUGGCUCACUCCACCAACCCUGGGCUAUGCAGUGUUCCAGCCAGAAAAUUCUGCUUGAGGGCCAAAGUGGCCCCUACAACCCAUUUUUGGGGGACAGAUAUUUCAAGAAAAGGCCAAUGUACCAGUAUCUCUCUAAUAUGCAAAAGAGAAGAAACAGUUGGAAAGUUAAGGAAAUGAAAAUGGCAGUUUAUUUGAAGCUGACAUGGAGCAUCCCUUUUUAUACACAAUAGAGGAAAUCUUCGGUAAUAAAGUAAACAGUACCACUUCACCGUCAAGAUCUGCCUCUAUUUGCUUCUCCUUCCACUUUUUCGUUAUUUACUGAGAAAAAACUUUCGAUAAACCUCGAAGAUGCGUUUGUCAGGUUUAUUCUUUUUCGAGACAACAUGAUGGAUACCCAUGAGCUCCUGCGAUAUUACAAAAGCCAAGUCGAGGCUCAGUGGUCUCCAGACCACUCACGGUAAAUCAGGUAAACUCAAGAAGAUUCAUCGAUUGAUUUUCAUGUUGUGUACAUAGGUACAGAGUCGUUGUUCUUUACAUUAAAAGUUCUGUUUAACUGGAAAAUUAUUGUACUUGAAGUAACAGAGACCAUUUUAAGCCCAGGGAAUGAAAAAAGGAAAGGGCCAUAAAUGGCCCUUGAACGCGGUUGGGUGGAGCCAUCUCUCAAUCUUUUGCGGGAUUCACGCAACGGCACACUCUGGCUGGAACACUGGGUAUGAGAGCAGACUAAUGCAAAUUAUCCAUUCAAUACACAGUUCAGUAAUGAUGUUAUUAUUAGCAUGAUUACUAAGGUGAUUGUAGAGAAUUGCAAGCUCUGAUUGGUCCAGGAUCAUGUCUGAUGUCCUGCCUUCCAUCUGCGAAUGAACAGCGGCGUUGCAUUCAGAUUUUAGAUGGCAACAAUGUGCUACAUAAAGCUAUCCUUUUUGUUUGCCUACAGGCUACUCUAAAAUCCUUGUUUUAUUUUCAGGAGGAUUUUAAUCUUAUGUGUAACAAUGCCAUGGUUUAUAAUGCACCAGAGACAAUUUACUACAAAGCAGCCAAGAAACUUGUACUAUCAGGAUCAAAGCUUCUGUCUCCUGUGAGUAUGAUUUAAGCAUUAUGUAUUUUAGAUUAAUCAUACCUACAAGAAUAUCUGUCCUUUUAUCAGUUAUCAGCUUUUAAAUCUUAUCAUACAACAUAAACUUGAGCCUGCGAUCAAUUUAAAGCUAACAACUGGUCAGCAAAAAACUUCAAAAAAGACAUGUGACCUUCAUGAGUUAGCAUCUGAGCCCGCGAUAUGGUUUAUGUGACACUGGUCAGCAGAUACGCUGUUUUCACAGCUGGUCUGCUGUCAAUUGACCAUAUUAUGGAUGUCUAUUAUGAAGUUAAACACAGGCUCCAGGUUCCCACACUAGCUAGAAACAAUAUUGUUUCCCUGUAGUGCAGAUGGACAGGUGAACGAUCACGUGAUUACCAAAUUUUGUUAGGUGUGGGGCUCCGCUCACGUGAACUUCACGGAGUUCUGCUAUAAACAUACUCUGUGAAUCUCCACUGAAAACAUUUUCGCAUGCUCAAGGUGGUGGCCUUGUGUCAAAGUUUUAGUAACCGGAAAUAUGCUAUACUUAUAGUAGUCGUGAUGUACACAGAUGGUUGAAUAAAUGAGUUUGUCGACUAAUUUCUUGUUUCUUGAAAGUCUAAUAGACAAUUAAUUUUAUAAUAAGGUGGAACAGGCAAAGCAAUAUCAUUGUACACUGAGUAAUGGAAAAUUUUUGAGGGCAAUGGGAUUUUCGUCUCUCACUUAGUAAUUCCAAAGAUAGAGAUUUCUUCAAUUUGGACACGCUGGUGUUAUAAUCACGAUCAUGUUUGAUAAAUCCCACUGCACAACUAUGGACUGCUUCUAGUUUCUCCACUUGAUUCUGUCUAUAAGGAUCCCAUAAUGCAGUCACAUACUCUAGAUGUGGCAUGACAAGUGAUACAUAUGCUGCUCGUUUGGUUUCCACUGAGCAGGCGCACAAGUUCCUUUUCACAAACGCAAGUAUAGAAUUCCCCUUUUUUGCAAUCUUGUCCACAUGAGAGUUCCACUGUAAAUCGCUGGACAGCAAAACACCUAAAUAGGGAUUUUGCUGGACAGCUACCAGGGUUUGGUUGUGAAGGGAGUAGUCUUUUACUACUGGGGAUCUACUCCGGUGUGAAGACAUUUUGUAGCAUUUGGUGGGAUUAAACAGCGUCAGCCACCUAUCAGCCCAUAGGCCUAGUUUGACUAGGUCACGCUGUAAAGCCAAGGUGUCAUCAUUAUGAGUGAUUUUGAUACAAUAAAGCAUCAUCAUCAAACAAUCUUGUGUCAUUAAUGAAUAACAAAAACAUUAAUGGACCGAGUACAGUGCCUUGUGGCACCCCCCGAAGUCACUACUGCAGAUUUCGAACAGACACCAUCGACUGUACAGUUAUGACACUCUGUGAUCUCCUAGUGAGCCAUGAUUUAAUCCAUGCAAGGGUACUUCCCUGAAUGCCAUAAAACUGCAAUUUGCUUAUGAGGUGUUGAUGGGGUACUUUAUCGAAUGCUUUACUAAAAUCUAAUAUGAUCAUAUCCAUUUGACCUCCGUGAUCUAACUUCAUAGCCAGGUCUUCAACAGCCAGUAUUAACUGAGUUUCACAUGAAUGAGUUUUCCAAAAUCCAUGUUGGUUCGCAAAUAAGAUGUUAUUGUCGUCAAGAUGAUGCAUGAUGUUCUUAUAGAUGACAUGUUCCAUGAUUUUACAUAACACAGCAGUAAGGGACACAGGUCUAUAAUUACAUGUAUCAUGUUUUUCCCCUUUUUUGAAAACUGGAACUACAUGAACGUUUCUCCAGUCAUUGGGAAGUUGACCUGACUCAUAUGACUGGGUGAAAAGGAAAGUAACAACUUCAGCUAUUUCCGAUGCAGUUAUCUUAAGUAGAGUAGUUGGCAAUUUAUCUGGGCCAUUGGCUUUCUUGCUGUCCAAGUUCUUAAGGAGAUUAAUUAUACCUUCUCUGUUAAAUAGUACUGAGUCCAUUGCUGGAAUGUCACUGCGGCCUUUAUUCGAAAUGAAGGAAAGAUCCUCUUUAGUGAAUAUCUGUUGAAAAUGGUUGCUUAAAACUUCAGCUUUACUUGUACUGUCAGACAUCACCUUACUAUUAACAUUUAAUCGAGGAAUGCCAAUUUGAUCUUGUUUUCUGGAUUUAGUAUAAGACCAGAAUUUCUUUGGCUUCUCCUUCAAGGCGCAAGCAAGAGUAUUUUCUAUAUAUUCGUCUUGUGCUGAUUUGAAUUUGGUUUUCAAUGCUUUUUGGAAUUUCCAAUAUUUCAACUUGUCAACAGCUUUCCCUGAUUUCUUGUACGUGUCACCUGAGGUGUUAUAAAGCCUCUUCUUUUUUCUCAAUAAUUUCUUGAGAUCCCUAGUAAUCCAAGGGGAGUCAUUCCAUGAGCCGAUCUUUUUGCUUGGGACUUUACUAUUGAGAAUUGACAACAAUCCUGACUUGAAGAACUGCCAGUUAUCCUCAGUAUUGAUGUUCUCUGGGUUUCACAAGAACUUUCUCUUCUGGCUGGAAUUUUCUGGCUCUAGUCUUGCGAUCAUAAUAGUGCUUUCCUUUAUUUUGAGCCUUCUGUAACUAACUGUGGGCUUAUUUAAGGGUUUUCUCCAGCUUCUCUCGCAGCUAAGAAACAUAUUGGUAGCUGUUCUUGACUUCCGGUUCCUCUACUUCUUUCGUCCAAAUCUCCUUAAGAAUGGUCAUCGGACGUCUAACGACUCUUCCAUACAACAGCUCAAACGGUGACAAACCAGUAGACUCUUGGCGAACCCCACGAUUAGCAAACAACAAAGGUUUGAUAAAGCGAUGCCACUGUCUUGGAUGUUCACUACAAAAACUAUUUAAUAUAAACUUCAUUCUUACGCUGAACUUCUCGGUUAAACCAUUACACAUAGGGUGGUAAGGCGUGGUUGUUAUCUGCUUGAUACUCAGAAAUAGUGUUACUUCCUUCAUGCAAUCAGAGACGAACUGUGUACCAAUGUCACUUAAAAUCUCUUCAGCAAUUCCUAAUCUACUAAAGAUAUUUACUAACGCCUCUGCAACGGUUUCAGUGUCAAUAGUCUUUAAAGGAACGGCUUCGGGAUAGCGAGUGGCAAAAUCAACAAGUGUCAGAAUGUACCUGUGCCCUUCUUCACUUGGUGGUCUGAUAGGUCCGACAAGGUCAAUGGCUACUCUUUUAAAUGAUGUAUCAAUCAAAGGCAUCUUCUGUAGUGGCACCUUCGGAACCGAUCCCUUGUUUACGGUCUUCUGACAGACAUCACAUGAUUUGCAAAAACGGGUUAAAUCACUUUGAAUACCUGGCCAAUAACAUGCACUCUCAAUCUUGUCAGUCGUCUUCUUAAUUCCUAAAUGACCUGCCAUUAUAGAUCCAUAAGCCACUUCCAUUAUUCGAGGUCGUAACUGCACAGGAACCAUCACUUGCUUCACAGGCUUACCAAUAUUCACAAAAGGGUGUUUGUAGAUGCAGUACAAUAUCCCACUCUUUACCUGAAAAGAAAUCUCAGCUUGACCCUUGUCUAGUACAUCACCUCGGUCCCAGUACUUCCGUAAACUCUCAUCUUCACUCUGCAUUUGUUUAAGUUUCUGUUUAUCGACAAUGGGACUCUCGUGGUAACUUGGUACUUUUAAAGGGCUAACUUCCCCGUCUUUCUUAGCUUGACCUCUCGUGGUUACAGCGCAUGCUUCUUGCCAAGUUGGGUCUGGUUCAUGUGCAGGUCUAGCUCCAGGAACGUUCCCUAUUAUCAGGUCGUAAAUGGCAUCUGUGAGACACUGCGCUUCCACUAGCCCCUUGAGAUAAGGUGUAACAGCCGUAACUCUUGCAAUGGGUACCUUCCUCGCUGUGUUGUCAAUGAGCAGCAUAACGUUAAAAUCACCGGUAACUCAUCCUCAGACGCAAGAUUCUUCUUAACUACUGUUCCACUACAACCAGUGUCUCUCAAGACAUCCACAGUCUUCUCCUCCACUCUUCCCUUUGCAACAGGCAUUUUCAACCGAUCGCCAGGCAAAGGUUCAAGGCAGGCAUUUCUUACUUUUGGGAUCUUCUUACCACUGGCUAAUAGCAGUUUAUCAUCCUUAAUACAGGCUCUAAUUUCUUCUUCUGUGGGUUUAACCUCAGGUGGCUGAACCAGACAACCGGCACUCACUUGCCCACGCUGCACAGGGCAACCAUCUUUAUUUUGUCCUCCUGACUUCUGUGUACCUGAGCGGCAGUUUCUAGCUUCAUGCCCUUGCUUGCCACACACGAAGCAUUUCUUAAGCUGAGAUGGGCAGUUAACAGCCUUGUGGCCACGGGCGUUACACUUGAAACACAGUACUGUCGCUGAAUCAUUCUGCUGAUCUUUGUUUCACCCUUCUGAGGUAGUACCACAGGCUUCCUACUAGCAGAACUGAACAAAUGUUUUCCGUGUGCCUCUAAGUACUGAUCUGCAAUCUUUUCUAUCUAAACAUACAUUUCCCCGACCCCUUCACGAAGAUGAAUUGCUAACUCUUUUGGAGAAGAGACAAUAAACUGUUCUUUCACAAUUAAAUCUUUCAGGCCUUCAAAAGAACGUUCAGUGUUCAACAGUUCCAACCAACGCACUAAGUAUGUAUCCAGUCUCACUAUAAACUGUUCAGGACUCUCGUCAACUUCCGGCUUUGAUGCUCUAAAUUUACGACGAUAGCCUUCCUCUGUAAGGUCAUAUCUCUUCAUCAAAGCUAACUUCACUCAGUCAUAAUCUUGGGCCGCUUCCUCAGAUAAUCGCGAAUAAGCCUCUAGAGCACGUCCAGACAAGAGAGCACUAAGUUUCGAAGCCCAUCCUGUCUUCUCCCAUUUAUCUGUAGCUGCGAAUCUCUCAAAUCGUUGUAGGUAAGCAUCCAAGUCUAGUCGUCCUUGCCAUCAACAAAUGAGGGAAGCUUGGGUGCCUUGGCCCUAUCCUCUCUCACUUCAGCGUGUUUGGCGACGCCUCGUCCUAGGCGAGUGAGCUCUACUUCAUGCUCUCUCUUGGCGGUUUCAAUAGCUUCUUUCUGUUUUAACAGUCCUGCUUCCAGCUCUAAUUUUCUCAGUUCACGUUCUUGUCGCCUAGCUUCUCCUUCUUCGCCCUCCCUUCUAAGCCCUUUCUCUUUCUCUUCUUCUUCCUUUCUUCUGUCUUCCUCAAGUAUUCGACGUCUCUCUUCCUUUCCAAUCCGAACUUUUCUGCAAUCUAUAUAAACUCUUCCGUUUUCACAGCCGUGGUUCACAGCAAACACGCAAUAUCUACUUCCUUGUAACAGUUCUUCUUACUUCUCAGUAGCCCCUUCUUCUUAAACUGUCCUUUCCUGGUUACUUUAGUCGGCAAACAAUUGAAUUCUUCUCCCGGACAGGCCCCCAAUGUUACGCGGGUAAUCUUUAGAAGACGGGUAGCCUGCAAACUAAACUGAAUGCGGGGUUGUCAGAAUAGCAACAAGAAGAUUUAUUCCAAAAAUGAACGUAGUUUCCACGAAGUAAAACUCUACAACAGCACGUAAUUCGAUAAACUUACACGGCCUCCUCCAACUUCAAUAAACACUGCCUCCGUCACACUUGACUAAACACGACUAACGCGAAACUCUCUACGCUAGUUAAAACUUCGCUCGGACUCGCCUACUUAUAUAGAUUCACAAUAAACUAACAUUUAUUUAUUAAUAAGUAAAUAAAGCAAAACAAUAUGAUUCUAGAACUUUCUAAAUAGUCUAAUUAUAGAAAUAUUACAAAAUACACCGCUUUAGAAACGCUUACACAAGAUCCUAAAAUAGACAAACUAUGAACUCUCUCGAAGCUUCUAGAAAGUCGCGCUAGUCACACAAUACAAUUUUUCGUAACAGUUACGUGACGUCACACUUCUCUCUACGGCAAGGGGUAUAAAGUAUGAUGUUAUUUAUGUUCAUUUUAACAUGGGCUUUGUUUAACGCAAAAUGUAUAGGACAAAAUACGGAAUAUGUAUCGCAGUAUUGGAUAUCCAAUACCAGAUUAUGAAGAGAAUGAAUCGGAGGGGCGUGGCUCAGAUGAACCAAUAGAUGUUGAUACCAUAGACACCGAGGAGAACAGCGUUCCACAGACAACGAAAAGAGUCAAAGCAAGGUAUUUGUUUUAAAAAUCAAAAGGGGUCACCGGUAACUUUGAAAUUGGUUAGGAAUUUGGCAAACAUCAACUUUUACUGAUGUCCUUUCAUGCCAUUGUUUUCAUUUUAAGAACAAAGCAUUAGAAAGAAAAAACAAUUAUCUACUACUGCCUUUUUUGAAGAUAAGGGAUGUUAAAUCAGCAUGCAAUUGAGAGGGUGGGAAUUUUUCUUGAUGAACAAAAACACAAACACAAAAGAAAGAACUGCCUGCAACUAUUAAUGCGCCUUCUAUGCUCCCUCGUAAAAUAAGCAGAACUGUUUACAUAACCUCCUGAAGAAGGGGAAACAGGGGAGGGGAGAGUAAAGGUAGGCCAUAAGCAAUUGUUUUUUUUUUUUGUAACCAGGCUUAGAAAUAGCCUGCGUUGCAGCCGACCCACGCACUCGUCUAAACCAUUAAUCAGAAGGUUUACAGCGUCAGCGGCGCAGGCAAGCUUAGAAACGGAUUUGAGGAUUUAACUUGGUUCUUUAGGUCUGAUUCCAAACAUACAUCUGCUAGUCGCAAGAUCCUGGCUCAAGUGCAGGAGGCAUCAAAACGGAUGGCUGCUGAACUAGAUGCCAAGUAUCCCAACAGUAAGGUAAUGUUAUGGUGAAGGAUCCAUCCACGGCUUUUUCAACUUGUGACUGGGACCAGUUUGCGUAAAUCCUUCAACACGACUACAAACAGGGUUUCGACAAAGUCUUGAAUUCUUGAAAAAAGCUCGAAAUUUUCCCAGCAAUUUUCUAGACCUGGAAAAAGUCUUGAAAAUAGAGAUAAAGUCUGGAAAAAUAGUCAGAGUAAGAGUUUAUUUUUAAAGCUACAAAAAGUGCUUAAUAGGUGAUUUUUUUUCCCUGUGGUCAAAUGCUAUUCAUUCUUGCCCGCAACUAAGACAUCUCAUCACAGAAUGAGAAGUUUCAUAAUUCUCUUAUGUCCGCCUUGCACCGUGUUUACUGUACGUUUGCAGUGCAUCAUGAGAAAAGCUUGGUUCCUGCGUUUUUCAAGAUCUCUAUUGAUCACCUAUUUGUUAACCUUGAGUCUGGAAAAAUAAAGUAUUGUUUGGAAGAAGUCUGGAAAAAGUCUUGAAUUGUGAAUCCAAAAAUCUGUGGGAACCUUGAGGAAAGAACGCCCUAAAGUGAAUAACGUUUCCAAGUUCAGUUUGUUAGUGAGUUGUUGAAAACUAACGAAGAUGUAGCUUUGCAAACUCGCCCUCCCUCAUCAUACAAAGGUCUUGCAACUUUGUGUAGCAAUAUCUAGUGCAGAAUCCAGACCUCGAGAUAAGAGGGGGGCGGGGGGCGUUCAUCCAGACCCUUAGAUGGGGGGAGGGGGGUCGGGGGUAUCCAAAAAACAAAUUUUUUCGGUCCUUGGGACCUCAGUUUGGUCUAAAAGUAAGGGGGAAGGGGGGCGGGGCCCCCGGGCCCCUUCCCUGGAUCCGCCACUGAUAUCAUCUUUGCUCACGUUGGACUUUAAACCUUUAAACUUAGGAAGUUUCCUACUUUUAAGGUGCACUUUGCAGCUGUGUCAAUCGAUAAUCACUCACUGCUCUUUAUCCGUGCAAGGGUCUAUUAUUUUGACACUUUUUAGACGUGUUAAAAUUAGGCCUUUUCCGAGUUACAAAAACCUUCACUUUCAACGGGCAAAACCUUUCUUGUGAAAAUGAAAUUUAUAGUGCAUAAGAAUAAGACAAAUCAUUUUGAUAUCAAUAGCUUCGCACUUAGCCUCGCUUUGAAACGGAGGCUUGGGACAAAUCGGAAGUGGAGGAUUUACUCGUAAAAUAACCAUAUAUGGCACCUCUAUGCUCUUCCUUACUUACUUACGAUUUCGUUGUCUGCAAGUGAUUAAAAACACACACACACACCCCAACAAAAGAAAGGCUAGUACAAAGGAAAAUAUGCAGAAGCUAAUUGUUGCUAAUUGUAUACUCAAUGUAUUUUCCUCAUCCUUAACGCUAGUGCGUAGCCAGUACUUAAACCAUACAUACAUGUAAAUAUUUUUCAGCACUUGCCACGUGGCCCACUCCUGAGAUUAUCUUUUUCUGUACCCUCUUUUAUUUUCGAGUGAAUCAUUCAAUUUAACAGUUUUAACAUUUAGCAUCAUCAUUCAAAUUCUCAUUUGUUUUCCCUAUACACUUUUAAUAGAAGUAGUGGGGAGAAUUUGUUGAAGUAUCAAUUAGAUUCAUCUAGUGUGAUGAUGUCCUUAAUUCUCAUGACCACUCUGUUUAAUAAAGCAGUGACAUUACAAGGAGAAAUUUGACGCUCAUCACUCUUAGGGCUGAAAGGGUCAAUGUUCAUCAACCGAAUAAUGAUGAAGUAAUGACCUUGUUAACUGCUACUAUCCGUGCCAAAGAGAAACACGAAAUAUUUUGUUUUAAAUAAAGUUGUCCUCAUUUUUACUUGCUAGGUUGGUUUCCUAAGGCGAGAUAAAGAUGGAACUACAACUUUAGCAGUUGUGAACCCUGUGGAUUCUGAAGGUACCAACAACCUCCACCGCCCCCCCCCCCCCCCCCCCCCCCCCCCCCGGGCAACAAACACCUGUCAUGUGUAACAUGCGACACAACUUUCCACAUUCCUCCUCAUACAUCUUCGAAUAGUUAUUUCAAGCAGAUUACCAUUUGAUUAGUCAAAUGAUCAUGAGGUCUUAGUUUUUGCUAUGGUUGCACCGCACAGUGACUGAGGUUUACGUUUUAUUUAUGUCCCAUUCACAUCAACAGAAAAUGUCUAAAUGAUUGAACUAGUUACAACAAAAUAUAGAAAAUUAAAAGGAAAAAAAGACGGGGGUGGGGAACAUACACACGAUCCAAGUAACCCUUGUAUUUGUAUUCACGAUUCUGCUGAUUUUUAAGUCAACAAAAAUUCUGUAGCCAGGUUCGUCUUCUGAAAAAAGAAAUUGAACAUAAUUAUUGUUCGAACUAAACAGUCUUUAGCAUAAAAAUUGUAAAAGAAAACCCAACAUUUACUGAAUAAUGGACAGGUCUAGAGUAUGGACUUUUAAGCCUUUUGAUAACUCCAGUUUAUGUUUAUUUGUAUAGGUAAUAGCAUGAUUUGUAGUGAUAUUUGGCAUAGAUAUCACGAGUGGUGUUUAUGCCAAAUAUCACGUACAAAUCAUGCUAUUAAUUGUUUAUAUUAGUACCCUCAAAAGGUUUGUAAUUUUCACAUGUAGGUAUUUCAAAUUAAGCUGAAAUACCACUGCUCUAAGUCAAUCAAAUUGCAGAAAUUUCUCAUGUAGUAGGAGACAGUUUGAAAUACUCGGCUGUUUAAAACUUAGAAGCCUGUGAGCAAGCUCUCCAUUUGAGAGAAUCGCGAGAAGUAACGCUUAAUCGGCACGUGCAAGAAGUUGCUGCUGUCUGGCGCGGGCUCUCGCAAGAGAGUUUGCUCGCAGGUUAAUAUAUAGUGCAGUUGUACUUAUGCACGUUUAAGCGAUUAUAGACACCACUAAUUUCAUAAUGUACUAAUUAUUAUUUCGCAGCACCAGAAUACCUUCCAGUGAAUUUAGGAGCAACACUUGGUAAAGUCACGUCUGGUUCACACACAACUGCAGGGUUUAAGGAGGAUAAAAAGAACAAGGCUACACCGGGUAUAACUGCUUUCUGUACUCUCUUAUUUCGUCUUUUUAUUAUUCUUUUUAUUGCAUUUUUUGGGCAAACUCUCUUUUAUGGGAUACUUUUCGACGGCGUCAAAACAUCAGCAAACGGUUUUUUUCGAAGCCUGACAAACAACCUGACAAUAAAUUUAUCGGGCGUUUUUAUUGGGAAAAGUGUCAAACUCAGAGAGAGCUGGUCAUUUGUGCAAGGAAAGGAGUUGAGUAUAGGAUUUAAAACAGAAGUACAGUGAUUAGCUCUUAAGGGUGUACUUGAUACGGAUGAAGAUUAGAACUCAAAUGAUGUGGGCUCAAGCCCUACAUACUCCACUUUCGUCUGUUUUGUUCCUUCUUUUAUUAACGUCUUCAAGCCUUUUUUUUUCCUGAUCUCGCUGGUAUCCAUUCUAGUCACAUCCGUAGCUAGAGAGGAAAGGGAAAAUGAGAGGGUCUCGGGACGAGGUUGGCCUAUGCCCAAUCGGUGCCAAUAAAAUGAACCAAUCAGAUAUCGCCGCGCGUGCACGUAUAGCAGCUGCCGAGCGCGGGAAAAUUGCGUGUAAGUAAGUCGCUGUUGCUCACUUCUGAUUGGCUAAGACUGUUGUGCGGGUUUCUUAGAGCCAAUCGCAAAGGGUUGCAGUGCAAAAUCAAAGUACUCACGAAAGUACUUUAUAUCGUAGUGUCGUAUCUUAUGUAUGGCCCGUAUGGCUCGUUUGCUCCUACAUACGACUCAUCCAGAGCCACUAUAACCAAAGAGGAGUCUGACUUGCUGUACAGUACCUAUGGAGAUGAUACUGGCAUUCAUUAUGCAAAGAGGUGAGUCGUUACCUUCAAUCAAAGCAGUUGAAUCAACAGUGAUGAAUAUUUUGUAUAAAGUUUCAAGCGCCGCCAUGGGAUAGUGCUGAUGUGAAAUAUGUGUUAUUGACUAAGCCUGUGGUCAAGAUGACUGGAUAUUGGCCAAAUUGUUUUUUUGUUUGUUUGCGUUUUUUAUAUUGACCGAGAAGAACUCGAGGUUAUAAAAACGCAAUAAAGAUUUAGCUCAAUGUUGGUAAAUAAACGAUUCAUUAUAUGGCAAAAAGAUUUAUACUUUUUCUUACGGGACCAAUACGGGAAAUCCCGAUCAUCUCGCUCUCUCGGGUAGCCAAUCAGAAGAGAUGAUUCGCUUCAUCUUGCCCGCUCGUGGAUUUAGCCAAAAAUAGCUUUUGUUUAAUGUCUGCAUUGUACGAUCUCGAUUUAUCCACGGGGGUAUAGAAUCACAUCUCAGUACAGUGAGUAUAACAAACAGCCACGUCACUUUAAUGUGAUCAAUACGCUGUACGGUCUUAUCCAUAUGCUGAAUUGUUGUAAGCACUUUCAUAGUAACUCAAGAACGUCUCGCUCAACAUUAAUUGAAUUUUUUUUUUUUGCCGUUGGAUUUUAUUUACUGACUCAAUAGCUCUAGCCACCUGACCUCAGUUAUUAAAAAGUUGGAAGCCUUAUCCACUGGAUCAAUCACCAUCCAGUGGAUAAGUCAGUGCUAGGGAAACCAAUGUUGGUAAAACAGGUCUAGUUUAGUGUAAGUGUGAGUAAGAGACGUCAUAGAUAAUGUAGUUAUUGACAUAUUAAAUAGCGAGAAUAUCGAUCAAAGGUCAAAACGUUCUUGCUCCAAUACUGUGUUUUGCGUAAGUUUCACGUGAUAGGAGGUCAAAACGCGCAUGAUCAGCGUGGAGUUCCUUGCAUUCCAAUCAUGUUUAAUGGAAGUCUGAAUGAAUGCUGGCUGGCUACAUACAGUGUAGGUGCUACGCAUGCGUAAUAGCGACCUGAAGAUUAGGAUUGCGGGCUCCUCUUGUCGCCUGCAAUAAUAAGGACACUUCUGUAAUGCGAACAUUUUGGUCUUUCCCUUUAGUGCCCAUAUUAUGGAUGCUUGAAACCAUCUUGUUGUCUUACUUAUUUGAUUUAAUUUAUGUUUCCCAACUACACAGUCUACAGGCUUUUGUAAAGGACGCUUCCUCGUUUUCACAUGAAGCAGUAGAUAGACUGCUGGAUGUCCUGACUGAAGGCGCACAUUCUAAAUAUGUACAUGCGUUGGCUGAGGUGAGAAUUGAUCUUACCACUACGGCUUUAAUAGUUAGAUUACCUGUUUUAAUGAAUGGUUUAUAAUAAAAAUAUGUUUAAGGAUGAAUAAAAACUGGCCCUGGUUUUGUUCAAACCUUGGAUAGUUGGCUAUCCAAAGGACACAUGUAAAUCACUUUCUCUUUCGCUCUCGCUAGUUAUCUCAUUUCUGUGGAAAAGGUAGAUGACCUGAAUGAAAUGAGCGAAAGUUCGGUUAAUAGUUAUAUUUCUUAAUUUGUAUUUUGUUUAUAAUGGGUUAGAACGUCGUCUAACCCAGGUUCAUGGGUUAGAAUCACUUCUGACGAAAAGUAUUAUUCACAGCAGUCCGUCUGAUUGAAAAUAAACUGCUUUUUUGUAUUUACAUUUUUUCUGCAGAAAGAAAAAGCAGAAGAAGAAAAACAAGCUAAGGAGAGGGAAAAAUCCGAACAAAACACUGAAGUUCCAUCUGCCAAGGGAGAAGUAAAUACAAGUUCUGCUUCAAUUUUAUCUUUGUUUUAAAGUUUAUUUUCUGUUGGUCUUAAACCACAGCAUGUCAAAAUAUGACUGAAAUAUCAAAUUCUGUUCGUCGUUUUUUAUUACUAACGGUUUUCAGUUCAAUUUACUCCAAGGCAUUCUACAUAAACUAUGCCUUCUCUAGCUUUGUCACGAAAUAUCAUAAUUCAACUGAUGUGUAUGUCUGAGUGUACAUGCGUAGGCGAAUCUUUGCUGACGUCAAAGUUUACAUUUUUGGCGUUAGCAUACGAGUCAACCCAUAGAAGAAGAUAAAGAAGACGUCGCCGUAUGCGCAAAUUAAAUUCAAAAGUUGAAAGAGUUGGUUAAUUUGAGCAGUUUGUGCAUUAUUCAGCUCUUUGCAAACAAUGACAAAAAAGUAGCAGCCACAGAAAACUGCCAAAAACGAUGGUGAGCCCAUACACUCUUUGUAAAGUUUCUGGUUUUUCAAAGAGAAUUCCUCCGAAACUUUGCUGUAUAUUUUGCUCAAAUGUACACAGACAACUAAAAUUGUUAUGCUCUUUGGAUAUUCAGAGAGUUUAUUUUAAUAGCUUGACCAGAGAACGAAAGGCAUUUGCUAAUGAAGCAAAAAAAUAGAAACAAAGAUUCGCCUAGGAGGAAGGGAGUUAGCAGAGGAGGGAACAGACGUGAGAGUUGCUUAGAUAAACUCUAGUUUUUCAGUGUUCACAGUCCUUUUUUGUUAUAAUCUGGUCGACAGAAUUGAUGCUCUAAAAAAAUUUCAUUUCUGUGUCUCUAUUUUUCUUUUUAUUAUAACCAUGUACCGACAUCCACAGUUCGGUUAAGCAAAAAUUUGGCGGUUAAACUAUUUGUGUCUCUCUCUCUUCUUGACCAGUUCGCCACUUUAAAAACGAGAGGAAAGCUGGAUCGAAUUACUUUGCAAAGUCUUCUGGGACUGUUACUAGGGAUAGGAGAAAAAUUGGCCAAUAGCUGACAGUAAUGAUCCCAUUAACCAUUGCGGAAGUGGCGGAUGAGUAAUUUAAGCUAUCAUCUAAUUGCGAUGAAUAAAUAAUCCUUUUCUGCUAGUAGCUCAGAGAGCAAGGUAAAACCAAGCUUCCGUCAGAGCAAUUGUUUGACUUGAAGUAACCACCUGUUUUGUUUUCUAACUUCUCACGUAUCUUUACCAAUCCAUGUUUUGGUUUUCUUUUAUUUUGCUUAUAGCCUAGUCAAGUUGGGAGCAAAACAGCCACUGUCUCCAACACAGAUAAUACAUCCAAGGUAGGAUCUCCGUCACUGUUCUGGUUUAGAUCCGGCAACGAACUAGCUUUUUGUCCAACCUCAUUGAAGAAGAUCUUACUACGUACGAGUCAGGUUUUUCGAUAUAGCUAGCCUGAGAAAACUGCCGACAUUUCGGAACGCUACCGGUGGUUUCCCGCGAAAUGACGUCUCAGAAACGAGUGCAGAAAAUUCCAUACUGAUGACGCGCACUACCCAGAUCUGUGUAAGGACACGUCAUCAGUAUGGAAUGUUUGCGCCCGUUUCUCAGACGUCCUUUCGCGGGGAAACCACCAGUAGCGUUUUUGAUAUGUCAUGAUAUUGUUCUUUCAAGCAGCGUUUAGUUGCUUGGAUUGAAUCCUGACGUCCGAGCUUACUGUUAAAAUGUUAAUAUAUAAUGUAAAGAGGGCGCGUCUUGUUGUCCUCUAAUCCACGACAUAACAUGAGAUGACAUUACACUACAGUUGCACAAACGAUGCCAGAAACCGCAGUGGGUACGGAUUUUACUUGGGUAAACCUUGCGUACUAUUCUUUGGAACGACUUAGCCGUACACGCAAAAGAUGGAGUAUUUGAUCUGAUAAAGAGGCCGAAAAGGCCACAGACGUCCCAAGCUCGCGUUACGAGUGUGUUAUGUAUAUCUCACAAGAGUGUCGGUGUCACGUUACAAGCGACCGUUGAGACUUUGUAUGACAAAUAAAAUACUGAGGUCUGUAAACGUCAAGUAUCAUUAUUUUUUUACCUUUUUUCUAUAAAAUAAGUAAAGGAGACUUACCUUUGAUGUAUUUCUGUGUUUUUUAGUGUGAAUUAAUCGAUUUAGUAGGGGUUUAUUUUGGCUGUUAUUGUGUGACCCGUGUCACUCUCUGCAUUUGUAUUAUGAAGAGAGUGAUAGGGGUCAAAAAAUAACAACCAAAACACCCAGUCUAUAUCAAUGAAUUCACAGCAAAAAAAACACAGGAAUACAUCAAAGGUAAGUCUCCUUUAUUUGUUGUACAGAAAAGAGUAUAAUAUCAUAGGUGACGAAUUACUCCUUAUUUUUGGCGCGAAAUUUCAGCGUUAAUUUGUAAUUUCACUUCUGAAAUUACAAAAUUGCCAUGGCAACCUUCCGUACGUCUCAGUGUCAAGAUGGCGAUGAAGUUUUGAAAUGUCAUGAAUGAAGAUGUCAGGGCACAAAAAGACCCUUUAGAAAACCUGAACAAACAAGAGAACAUCAAGAAGGAUUCUAACAGGAGUUUUGUCGAAAAACUCUGAACUUAAGCCAAAUUUAAGCUCUAAACGUUCGAGACAGUGCAGGAGUUCUCGAUCGAUACGAUCCAGGAUAAGCAUGUCAAAAAUCCGAGAUUGCUAACGUAAUUCGUCACCCAUGAUAUUAAUAGGUAAUCAAAUGGUAUACUCGGGAAAUUAGGGAAUAAUUUCACUCGUCACCAUUUGAUUACACAUACAAAAUAAUUUGUUCAUUUCCCAUACAAAGUCUCAACGGUUGCUUGUAACGCGACACCGACUCUCUUGUGAGAAAGUAAAUUCGUAACGUGCGCUUGGGACGCCUGUGAAGAGGCAUACAUCUUUGUGAAUGAGAGUUUUUUAAUCGACAACACUUUUAUAUUGAGCCUGAGAAAACAGCCGACAUUUGGCGACGCUACUAAUGGUCUCCCCGCCAAAUGACGUCUGAGAAACGAGAGCAGGAAUUCCAUACUGAUGACGCGUCACUACCCAGAUCUGGGUAGUGCUUCUGAUUGGUCGUGCCGCGUGUGAAAUAUGAUUCAACCGAUAAGAAGCACUACCCAGAUCUGGGUAGUGACGCGUCAUCAGUGUGGAAUUUCUGCGCUCGUUUCUAAGACGUCAUUUGGCGGGGAAACCACUGGUAGCGUCGCCAAAUGUGGGCUGUUUUCUCAGGCUAUUUCAUAUUCACCUUUUUGUAUCCUGUGUACAGCCGCCCCCUCCCCUAAAACAAAAUCGCAGUGGAGAGGUGGCUGUACAGGCCUACCAUUUUGUUAAGCUAUAUUUCUCCCUGUAGGUUUCGUCGACAGCUUCAGCAACUGCGAACUCUUCAACUGGUAUGAUUUUUCAUUUAAAGGCAGAUUAAGUGACUUUUUGAACUUCAAUUUUCUGAAAGGCGCUAUUGAACAUGGUAGUUAUCGAUGAAGCUUCUGCAUUUUAAAGCAAAAUUAAAUUAUGUCUUUUGCCUUUGAUUUCCACAGACGUAACGAAAAUAGAUUUCCAAUCCCUGAUGUCUCUAGCUGACGAAGGAAUUGAUGUUUCGUUUCUAAAAGCAGGUAAGUACCACGACUUAGGUAUACGAGGAUUUUUUUUUCCUUUCUUUCUAAGUAGAAAGUCCAGCAAGUAAAGGUUCGGUUUGGUGGUAGUUGAUCAAGCCUGGAUUGGCAAAAUAGAAAAAAAGCUGAUAAUGUAUAAAGGUUGACAAUAAGGCCAUAGAAUCAACAUUUUUCCAAAGGAAACUGACAAUAACAAAUGUGCAAAUAAACUAGGCUCAGUCUGUUACUGCUUACUUUGAGAAAAUAGUCGAGAAUAUCGCAAAAAAAUUAUCAUUAUUAUUCUGUCAUUUACCCCCGGCAGUAUUUAUAUCACUAAUGCUACAGUGGGGCCGAGUAAAUGCCUGAAAAAAAAACAAUUCAAAUUGACCUUAAGAGGGUUAAGAAUCCCAACUGGCCAGAGGCAAACCAGCUGUCUAUUUACAAGCAUGGCCGAGGAUUUUUAACUCAGGACUACCGACGGUUAGCUAGCGGUUUUAGCGGAACUAAACAACUCGGGGCCUCUGAUUUGCAAGUCCAGCGCUGUAACCACUCGGCCACACCGCAGGGUUGUUAAAAGUAGCCGGCUGCCGGCGAAAAUCGCCGCCUACUUGGUUAGUAUCGGCCGGCUACAUACCACGCUGCGAAAUUGACUUGUUCUGUCACCUUAGCCUUUGCAUCAACCAGGGUGGUCACGCCGGGCUGUUUAAGGGCUUGUUUACACGGAGAUGGGGAAUCCCAGAUAGGUGAGGUAACAUGUGGUGGGUCACCCCACCUAUUAUGUAAACGUGAUCAAAUUUAAAUGAGAGAUAUCCCACCUAAGCGGGUUACCUCACUUAGCUAGAGUCCCCAUGUAAACAGGCCCUAAGAGAAGGGAUUUGUUCAAGGGGCUCUUACAGCUGGCACCUCAAUGCUAUAGGAUCAAAUGCACAUUUUCACUUGCUUUUUUUCGAUUUGUUACCGAAAAUUAACUUAAGUUCUGUUUGGUUUUGUUUUCAGAACACCCUUCAAGCGAAGAUUCAUUGAGGUGAGAUAACGCUCCUAACUAAGAACUAUGUUAAAUGCUUCUUUUCAUCUUUUGUCCUUGUCUGUUUUUUCCUAGUUAUUUCGGCGUGUUUGUUUUGUUGCCCUUGUAUUCGUUUUCAUUUAAUAAGUUCUUUCUCUGCUGUCACUAUAGCGUUUAUCGCCUCUCUGAUAAUUCAAGAUGGACCUCUAACGGCGAAUGUCGUAACAGUGUUUCAUUGUUGUUCAGCUUCUUUAAGUCAAAGGACAUUGUUCAUUUUAUGUUUAUCUGCAAAGCUGCUUUUUCCUUACUUGCAACUUACGUUUAUUUUGUAUUCUUUUCUUAAAUCAGUUCGUUGCUAUCACAUGAUGUACACGAAAAGUUACGAACCACCGGUAAACUUUUGGAAGAUCUUCAAGAAGUACAGAGCAUGCGCAUGAGCCACAGACCUGAAGGUCCAGGGGGACCAACUCCUGAGGCGGCAAUUCGACCCUCCACACAGGAAAAGAGUAUUGGUAAGUAUUGGCAUUGCAAUGUUGGAACAAUGUUGCAACGCUGUGUUGUGCUAAAAAUCGUCUUUGCGAAUCGUCUUGUGUAACAUCACCUUUAAGCUCCCUGUCAUUUGGAGUCGUGCGCGAGGGGCACUCGGAAUGAGACGAGAGAGCGAAGGGUGGGGUUAGACAGCCCUUCGCGAUUUUGCCUCUUGCUUGUACGUUUUCUCGCGGCCGGCUUCGCUCUGAAUAGGCUCCAUUACCAUGAUCGCCGCUCGAAAUGGCAAGCUUACCCGCAAGUUACUGGAAUAACUGUCUCAAGCGUGCAGCUGUCCUCUUGAGUCACUUUUAAUUAUUGACGUUUAUUUUUUUACGCAGCGGAUCGUGUGACGGAGAAUCUGAAAGAUCUUACCUCACAGGUAUGAAGUGGCAUUUCUGUCUACAGUCUAUGUAAAUUUUGAGCCCUUUAAGGAUAAGACUCUAGAUAAGGCUGUGUCAUAGUUAGAAAUAACGAAGUAAUCUUAGUAAUCGUUUUUUUAUACUUCACUCUUGGAACUCAAAGGGCGUGUUCGAUUGACCGUAUUGCGGAAUAAAAAGAUCUGAAAGAUCUUACCUCACAGGUAUGGAGUGGCAUUUCUUUUUACGGUCCCUGUAAAUUUUGAGCCCUUCAGGAUAAGACUCUAGAUGAGUCUGUUAUAGUUAGCUCCUUGUUUUGUGAUGUUUAGUCAAAGCUGAGAUGAAGUUAUAACGUAGCCUGUUCCAGGCGUUCAAACAGUAGAGCGCGGCGGUAAGUGGGGGAGCGAGUUAAGUUGUACACCGGGAAAACAGGGGGGGGAGAGCGUUUUCUCCCCCUUUCCCCCUCUAGUCUCCCCUCGUUUUUUUUUUCUUCGUGAAUUUUUCUCCCACGCUCUACCAUCUGAACGCCUGGAACAGGCUAGUUAUAACGAAGUAGUCUCAAUCAUCUUUUUUUUUUUACAAUGGCGUGUCGAUGGACCAUAUAACGGAAUGAAAAUCUAGAAAAAAUCACUGGCUUUUACUGGCACUUGAUUGGCUUUCAUUGUAUUGCAAUAUUUACAAACCUGCUCGAAAUAAAAUAUUUAUCUGUAUAAAUAGUUUAAAUGGCCCAACAUCACGGUAGAAGAGAUUUGUAACAAAACUUUCUCGUACUGUUAUUUCGGAAUACGAUCAAUCGAAUGCAUGAAUUAAUUUUAUCAAAGGGAAAACAGUCGAGAGCAUGGUCGGUGUUUGAUCAUUUUUCGAUAACAUUAUAGAGUUCAAAUUGAAAACGUUGGCUCAUUUUUUUCACUUUGCAAUCUGUUUUCAUUCUGGCCGUCAAAAGUUAGUUAUAGUUGGGAUAUAGUUGUAGAGUAAUUAUAAAAUAAAGCUAAACUAUUAUCUCAGGGUUUUCUUUGUUUGCAAUAUGUUAGAGUUUUAAAGUAAUAUCAAAUAUUUUGUCACAACUCCUUUACGUAAGAAUAGAUUUAUACUUUUUAUAUAUAUCUGGGCCCAUUUAACAAAUGCCACAUGUAGCUUUUUUUUCCCCUUGGCUUCUCUUCAUCUUCACCUCACAUUGGUUUUGUAGUUAUAGAGGAAAUGUUUUCGCUGAUCUUAACCGCAGACUCGUCCAAAACAAGUAGUGUCAGAGGUCAGUUUACGCGCAGCGCUCGGCGUGGGACGUGUACCAGAUCUGGGUCUAAGCCAACACCACAAACUUGAAGAAAAGACAGCUGAAAAGAGCAGGCCAGACGAACCAGGUAAAUACUGCUAGUCAGUCUCUUUGUGUAUUUACCAUGUCAUGAGAAGACAAGUCAAGAGAUUAGCUUCCACGGUUGUUGAGUUGAUAUAGAUCAAUUUAGCCUGUAAGGAAGCUCGCGAGAGUUUAAGGAUCUCGCGCGAGGAGUGGGCUAUCGCGGCACAUUCCCGCAUAAUUUUCAUCUCUUGCGAUAUCCAAAUGGAGGGCUUGCUCUCAUACUCGAUGUAACUGCUAUAGAUGACUUGUGGCGUGUUCGCCACUUUAGGAAUGAGAACUGGAGCUGAAAUGGGCCUUGCAAUUGAUUGUGGGAUCGUUACUGGUUACGAAGCAGUCAGCUAUAGAGUUCUAAAGUGAUGACGUCAUAAAAACUAAUAUUCUCCUGUCAUCUUGGUCGCUGAACCUAACAGAGAGUUGGAGCGAGUCAAAAAAUGUACCUCUGACUUUCCGUUUAGAAAAAACAGGCCUGCUCUGCAAUCUAAGACAAUCCAUGCAAUUUGUUUCAUAAAUGUCCCGGUCCUUUGCGGUUUCUUCCAUUCUAGUAUUUUCUUUCUCUCUCAGUUAUGGUUUGGUUUUGUUUAAAUUUUGUACCGUAUGGCCGCCUCAUUAAUAGUCGUUACCCUGCUGGCCAGAAGGAAGUAUUGACUUGAAUAGCUUCUAGCCUAGAAAUUUAUUUCUUGAAUCAUUGCCAUCAAUUUUUAUUGUUGUCAAUAAAAUACCUUCGGGGCUCGUGUGAGAGUCAUGGGUUCUUGAAAAAGUCUUAAAAAUUUGCCCAGCAAUUUUCCAGAACUGGAAAAAGUCUGGAAAAUAGAGGUAACGUCAGGAAAAAUGGUAAUUUUUAUUAGAGGUAUUUUAUUAAAUCAGAGGUUUCUUUUUUUUUUCAAAGCUCCAACAAGUGCCUUACAAGUUAUUUUUUAUCGUUUUGGUCAAAUCUUAUUCAAUCUCGCGCGUAUAUUGCAGUGCAUCGUGAAAAAAGCUUUGUUCCUGUGUUUUUUGAGGUCUGUAUUGAUCGCCUAUUUGAUAACCUGGGGUCUAGAAAAAAAUAUAUAUUUAAUAUUAUUUUUAUUAUUAUUCUUAUAUAGUUUUUAUUUUCGGUACGAACCCCGUGCCUUGUUGGACAGUCGUGCAGCCUCUAUAGAGCUGAAGGAAUACGUCUUGAAAUCAUAAUGUCUAUAGAAAAAAUCGAUUUAACUGUUUUUACAUAGGGGCUCAGUCUUGUUUUCAUGUUUUGUCUCUCAUUCAUUGCAAACGCUACAGGUUAUAAUAUUAUCGCCUUAUUUGGUUAGAAUUUUUGAGAACAUCAGUCGUUUGCCUUUUGUAUUAUUUUAUGCAUACUUAUGAAAUCAAUCCCUCAUUUCUCAUAUGUAAAACUGGAAAAAAAAAGUGCGAUUAUUUCACUUAAUUUUCCCUUUUAGAUUCAAGCGAGGCCGACGGAAUGGAAACCUCUGACUCGAUACUUCCGACAUAAUCAGAAAUGCCAUGUUAACAAAGGAACUCUCUUUCAGAGAUAUAUUUCUUUUUCUUGUAUAAGCUGUAACACGUUAUUUAUUAACCAAAGAAAAGAUAUGCGAAAAACUAAGCAGUCAUUGACUGUAUUUUUAUGUGGUGUGUAAUAAAAUUCUGUUUUAACGCCG